AUGUCUAAAUUAAAAAUAAAGGUCAUUAGUCGGAAUCCUGAUGAUUAUUUACGUGCCACUAAAAGAGAUAUCCACAAGUUACCAAGGAAUUAUGAUCCGAGUUUACAUCCACUUGAAGCACCUCGUGAAUAUGUACGGGCGAUGAAUGCCGUCAAACUUGAAAGAGUGUUUGCAAAGCCUUUUAUCGGUAAUCUUGAUGGACAUAGAGAUGGUGUUUCAAGUUUGGGGAAACAUCCAAAUCGACUUGCCGUUUUAGCUAGUGGCGCUUUUGAUGGUGAAAUCCGCGUAUGGGAUUUAACAAUAAGAAAAUGCACAAGAAAUUUUAUAGCACAUGAGGGCUGGGUACGUGCAUUGUGCUACACUCCUAGUGGAGAAACGUUUACAAGUGUUGGUGAUGACAAGACUAUUAAGACAUGGAAAUCUGAAGCACUUUCACCUGAGGAUGAAGAACCUGUUAAUACUCUGCUAAGCAUGUCUGUAAUGUCAGGCAUAACACAUCACAGAACAAAGCCCUUAUUUGCGACAUGUGGUGAACAUUGCCAGUUGUGGGAGAAAACCAGGAACGAACCUGUGAAAGUCUUCAAGUGGGGAGUAGACAGUCUUCACCAUGUAUCUUUUAACCAGGUUGAACAAAAUCUACUUGCAUCAUGUGCUAGCGACAGGAGCAUAAUUUUGUAUGAUUGCCGUGAAUCUGGUCCUCUGAGGAAAGUUGUCAUGGAGUUGAGGUCUAAUGCCUUAUCAUGGAACCCAAUGGAAGCUUUUAUUUUCACUGUUGCCAAUGAGGAUUACAAUUUGUACACUUUUGAUGUCAGAAAACUGAAACAACCUGUAAAUAUUCAUAUGGGACACACAUCUGCUGUUAUUGAUGUAGACUAUGCACCAACUGGCAGAGAAUUUGUGGCUGGUAGUUACGACAAAACUGUUAGGAUAUUUGAGAGCCUAAAAGGAAACUCUAGAGAUGUAUAUCAUACUAAACGAAUGCAGCGACUCACAUGUGUGAAGUGGACUUUAGACAACAAAUAUAUUCUAUCAGGUUCUGAUGAAAUGAAUAUUAGAAUGUGGAAAGCAAGAGCUUCUGAAAAACUUGGUGUACUUAAACCCCGUGAGAGAACUGCACUGAAUUAUUCGGAAUCUCUAAAGGAGAAAUUCGCCAACCAUCCACAAGUGAAACGCAUUGCAAGACAUAGACACGUUCCUAAACACAUUCUUAAUGCCCAGAAGGAGAUUAGAACUAUAAAAGAGAAGAAUAAGAGAAAAGAGGGUAAUAGACGUGCUCAUAGCAAACCUGGUACUGUACCUUUCGUCCCCGAACGGCAAAGACACAUAGUUAAGGAGGAUGAAUAA